AUGACAGACCGACGGUUCGGUUUCCAGUUACUCUCGACCGAUGGAACGGCCCGGCGCGGGCAGAUUACCACGCCCCAUGGGGAGGCGCAAACGCCCCUGUUCAUGCCGGUGGCCACCCAGGCAACGGUGAAGGGGCUGACCUUCGAUGAGGUCCGAUGCCUGGGCGCGGAAACGGUGCUCAGCAACGCCUAUCACCUGUACCUACGGCCGGGCGUCGAACGGGUGCGCGACGCCGGAGGGCUGCACCGCUUCAUGGGCUGGGGCGGGCCGAUCCUGACCGACAGCGGCGGCUACCAGGCAUUCAGCAUGGGCACGCUGCGUCGGGUGAACGACGACGGCAUCGUGUUCCGCUCCCAUAUCGACGGGAGCGAGCACCGGUUCACGCCGGAGUCCGCGAUAAUCAACCAGCACGGUAUCGGAGCGGACAUCAUCAUGUGCUUCGACCAGUGCGUUUUUUCGGCCGGCGACCCUGCCGCGGUGAGAGAGGCGAUGGAGCGCACCCACCGGUGGGCUCAGGCUUGCUACGACACCCAUGCGCGGAGCGGUCAGAGCGGACGACAGGCCUUGUUCGGCAUCGUGCAGGGCGGCACCGUGCCGGAACUGCGGCGGCAGUCGGCCCAAUACAUCACGGGCAUACCAUUCGACGGUUACGCCAUCGGCGGCCUGGCGGUGGGCGAGACCAAGGCGGAGAUGCACGACGUGACGGGGCUGGUCUGCGAGGGUCUGCCGACCGACCGACCGCGGUACCUGAUGGGUGUGGGUUCCCCGGAAGACCUGGUGAACUCGGUGGCGCUGGGCGUCGACAUGUUCGACUGCGUGCUGCCGACCCGGGUGGCCCGCAACGGCGCGCUGUUCACGCCCACGGGCCGGGUCAGCAUCGCCAACCGGAGGUUCGCGGAACAGGACGCGCCGCUGGAUGAUACGUGCGACUGCUACGCCUGCGGGAACUACACCGCGGCGUACCUGCGCCAUCUGUUCAAGGCUGGCGAGAUGCUUGGCCCGCGGCUGGCGUCGAUCCACAACCUGCGCUUCAUACUGCGCCUGAUGUCGGAUAUGCGGAGCGCGAUAGCGGAGAGGCGAUUUGCAGCUUUCCGGGCGAAUUUCCUUGACACCUACCAACCCACGGACGAAGGGCGGCGUCAAGCCCAGAAGCACCGGUGGAUCGAGGAACGAGGCGCCUGA